AUGGCUUCCCACCAGAUUGCUUAUGUGUCUAUCCACGGGACUGGCUUAUAUCAUUUUCUACUUGAAGCAUGGAUUUUGGGACACAAUGUUCCAAGAGCUCUCAACUUGUGGGAGGAAAUCUUUGCGUUGGCUUCUGAAGGCAAACAUACCCAAAUCUUUAACAGUAUCGAAACUGACGGGGUCAUGGUGGCGGUCAAAUUUUGCAAAUGCUGGGACAGAGUUCCGUACCCCCAAACGAAGAAAAGAGUUUCAACUUUUCCUACACGAGCCGGAUAUGUCCACGUGGACCCGUGGGAUCUACCAUCUGGGAAAAGAACCCACCGGUUUGGACCCCCGACAGCGCGCAUUAUUGGCAUUGAUCCAGGUUUGCGGUCAGUUAUCACCGUUGUCGAUACAGAUGAAAAUCUGCAUGAUGUUGAUGAAAGGCAAAGACAUGUGGAUUCCGAGAAGCAGCAUGUUUACUUGGGCCCAGCAGAUAGAGCUGAAGAAGCGGAGGACCGCAAACAUGGACGAAGUUUACGAAGAACUUGGGCGUACUUCCUCGGUUGUUGCGACAGUGCCCGAAUUUCAAAAUUAUCUUCGAACGUUAUCUCGGGUGCAUCAGCGGUUGCUGAAUCAAGAAUUUCUCAACAGUGGGUGCACAAGAAUUCCACGAGACAACGUCGUCAAAGCCGCAGAGCAGCCCGGAGGAACGAAGAGCGGCCCGCUGGACCGGUGAUUGUCGCGUUUGGCGAUGCAGACUUGCGACCCAAGAAGGGAAAUCCUCCCAUACCAAUCAAGGGAUUUCCUCGCGUGCUGGCACAGAAAGCGCUCGUGAUUUGCGUCGAUGAAUAUCUGACUAGCAAAGUUUGCAGUCGAUGUGAUUCCACGACAGUUGAUGUGCGAGAUGAACAACGUCUUCGCGUCUGUAAUCUCAAGAAGAAGAAGAAGAGAUUGAGAGGCGUCGAUAGAAGGCUGAGACAACGUUGCAUGAAUGACGAAGGCAAUGUACUCGGCUACAGUUCGGAAUGUCCAGCAAGAAGACCUGCAGGUCGCGGAUGGCAAAGCAUCGUUUACCCGGUUCGACUGUGUCCCCCAUUCUGCUUGUCAGAUCUGGAUCGCGAUAUCAAUGCUGGUAUCAAUAUUCGACGCAUCUUAAGCGGUACAUCCAGUCAGGGUAACGACUCGAUUCUCGAACGGUCGCCUUGCAACGACCUUACCGCGCAUUUAUUGCGCUCGGCGGUGCAAGCCCCGCCACUAGUCUCUUGUUAG